AUGGCGUCGUCGCCCGAAGACCCCCUGGCGCCCAGCGAGCGCAUGCCCAACGGGCUCACGUACCAGGCGACCCAGUCGGGCCUCAAGGUCACCGUGCACGAGAACCCGCUCAGCACCGUGCUCGAGUAUCGCCGGACGCCGUCGCCCGUCACGCCGUACCAGGACGCAAGCCGUCCGGACGCCGUGCUCAGCUUGCCCAUUCGGGACGCGCUGUCCAGCAAGAAGCCCUCGCGCGACGAAUCGUGCGUCAGCUUCGGCGUUCAUCGGCCCAGCGAUGCCAAGCCCAUCGGAGCGGCUCCCUCUCCGGGCGGGCAGCGCGCCCGCGACCUCUCACUGCUAGCGUUCGUUACCCUGCUGGCAGCCGCUUGCUGCGUACUCGCCUACCUGGCAUUCGUGGCUCCCAGAGCGCCCCCCGACAGGAUCGUCUUUCAAGAUCUCUCAACGAAAAUCUGCCUGACUCCGGAGUGCGUGAAAACAGCGUCGUCCCUCCUCAACGGCAUGGACCAGAGUGCCGACCCGUGCUCCGACUUCUUCCAGUAUGCGUGUGGCUCGUGGAACAAGCGGCACCAGAUUCCCGAGGACCGGCCCAGCAUUUCCACCUUCGAAGUGCUCUCGGACGAACUGCAGAUCAUUCUCAAAGAUUUGCUGGAGGAGCCACCGAGCCCGUAUGACAACAGUGCCACCAUCAAGGCAAAGACUCUUUACAACUCAUGCAUGAAACUGAAUGUGAUCGAGGAUAUCGGCGACCAGCCUCUGCGUGCGGUGCUUCGUAGCCUGGGCGGGUGGCCCGUCACGGAGCCCAAUUGGACGGCGCCUCCGUGGGGCGUCGAGCGACUGCUGGGCGACCUGCGCGGACGCUUCGACCAGGGUGUCGUCGUCGAGCAGUGGGUCGGGCCUGACGACAAGAACUCCUCCGUCAACAUCAUACAGAUCGACCAGCAGCUGGCGUUCGGGCUUCCCAGUCGAGAGUACUACCUGAAGGAGAGCAGCGAGAAGGACAGGCGAGCCUACCACCGCCUCAUGGUCGAGGUGGCCCAGCUGCUGGGCGCCGAACCACGCGACGCGCACGUCCAGAUGGACCACGUGCUCGCCCUCGAGACGAAACUGGCGAAUAUCUCUGUGCCCGAAGCGGACCGGCACGACACUGGUUCCAUCUACAACAAGAUGACGCUACGGGCCUUGUCUGAAAUGGUGCCAGUGUUCAACUGGAGCGAGUACCUGUCGGUGUUCCUUCCCGUGGAGGUGAGCCCGGACGAGCCUCUCGUGGUCUACUCGGUGCCCUACCUGCGCCAAGUGGGACAGAUUCUGGUCGACACCGACCAACGGACGCUGCACAACUUCGCCGUGUGGCGGCUGGUGAACUACCUGCUGGCCUACCUGGACGGCGAGUACGCGCACAAGCGGAACGCCUUCCGCAAGGUGAUGCUGGGCGUGUCGGCGGACAAGGUGCGCUGGAACCACUGCGUCGAGCUGGCCAACAAGAAGAUGGGCAUGGCCGUCGGCGCCCUCUUCAUACGCGACAACUUCGACCCGCACAGCAAGGAGACCGCGCUGGAGAUGAUACACAACAUCCGCGAGGCUUUCAACGAGCUUCUCAAGGAGAACGACUGGAUGGACACCGAGACCCGCAAAGUGGCCGAAGAGAAAGCUAAUGCUAUGAACGAAAGGAUUGGCUAUCCGGAACUCCUCACCAACCCGUACGAGCUAUCCAAGGAAUACGACUCGUUGGUGGUGCACGAAGACCUGUACCUGGACAAUGUGUUCAACAUCCUGCAGUUCGAGGCCACUCGCAACCAGCUCAAACUACGACAGCCCGUCAACAAGGAGAAAUGGACUACGGAACCAGCCGUGGUGAACGCAUUUUACAACCCCAACAAGAACGACAUCGUAUUCCCGGCCGGGAUCCUUCAGCCUCUCUUCUACAGCCACCAUUUUCCCAAGUCCCUCAACUACGGAGGCAUAGGCGUCGUCAUAGGACAUGAGAUUACCCACGGCUUUGAUGACAAAGGACGGCAGUUCGACAAGGAUGGCAACCUGAAGCCCUGGUGGAACAACAAAACUGUGCAGACGUUUCGCGAGAGGGCCCAGUGCAUGGUGGACCAGUAUUCCAGCUACGUCCUUGAAGACGUCAACCUCAACAUCAAUGGCAAGAUGACCCAGGGAGAAAACAUCGCCGACAACGGAGGACUCAAGCAGGCGUACAGGGCGUACAAGAAGUGGGUCAAGCAACACGGCGAGGAGCCCCUGUUGCCCGGCAUCAACCUCACGCACGACCAGCUCUUCUUCCUCAACUACGCCCAGAUAUGGUGCGGCUCGAUGCGUCCAGAGGAAGCCCUGAACAAGAUCAGAACAUCAGUCCAUUGUCCAGGACCAAUAAGGGUCCUCGGCCCGCUGUCCAAUUCGUACGAUUUCUCUCGAGCCUACAACUGCGCCAACAUGAGCCGCAUGAAUCCAGCCAAGAAGUGCUCCGUCUGGUGAAGGGACGGCAGCGUCGACGAAGGAGGACGAUACACAGACCUCAAGCGCUCUUUCCUUGUGGCGCGAGAACCACUCAACGUGCGUGUGCGACACCUGCGCGAGUCUGGACACAAAUGCUGCCCGGCGACUGCAGUGGCCCCUUCGCAAGCGCUAAUCACAAGUGUCGAAGUGUGUGCCCGCAAGCGACCGAUUCGUGUUGUUAUUUUCUUGGAUCGAAUAUUGGCAAUGCCAAAGAGAACUAUGGCAACGCCUGCCCAACUUGGUUCACAGGGCGGCAGUGGCCAGUAUGCUUGUGUCGGGUUCAAUGAACUAUACACCACGUUUGCACUCGCGCAGUCUCGGGAUCACGAUGUCAAGCUUGUAAAGAAAAGCGACAAGCAACAAAACGCACCUGCUUAAGCAGUGCUUGUAAUGCUCUUCAUGUACACGCAUGCUUCCACAACAUGGAGGCAGGCAGCGACUUUUUUUGUCAGCGGGUGUUUUUACAUAUCAGUCUUUGAAGUUGUUAGACGUGUGUCAACUACAACCUAACGUAUAGUCGGAAGUGUGCUUUGAACGUCGCGCUAAUCUGGGAGCCGCGGCUUUAAAUUCCCCGCAUAGGGAAAAUGUGUAUCGCAACGGCUCUGCCACUUUCUUUUACCAGAGUCCUUCAGUGCUCUCACUGCUUUUUCUUUGUUUUUUUUUUUUCGUGCUGGAAUGCAUUCGUGGUGAGAUAUGCGAAGGACAUUUGGCAACUCAUCCGCUUUUCAGUGAAUAAAAAAAUCUUUGUCUUAAAAA